AUGAACCAGCUAGGAGUCCUUCUAUCAGCCGAAUUCACAUUUACUGUCGUCCAGGCUGCAACCCUGCCGCGAUCAACUCAAAGGGAUCAAAUCCCCGACGCGACAACUCAAUCUAGCCAGAGAAAGACCAACAAGGAGGAAACAGAGAACAAUUGUCUCCCCUCGCUUGCAAAAACAGGAUUAGCAAUCGGCAUCAUAUUGGGGGUCCUAUUGAUCGCGUGCCUGUUCUUCACCAUCAUCAUGCGCAUGAAAUACUUUACCCUUCAAUCCCUUUUCUCCCGCCGCUCGAGGAAAGGUAGAAAACUCACUAAGCCAUGGCCGACCCCAACAGCCGAAACAGGACCCGCGUACGAACACCCCGCUCCCACAUCAACAGUAACGACGUAUGGCAGUCGACCAAGAGGCACCGCCACGGCGAUGACACCAAGGAACGUAAUCCAGCCAGUUGACAAAGAGCUCGUCGACCCAAGAAACGUCUCUCCGCCAAUCGGCCACCACCAACAAGCAUCCCUCGCAUAUUCAGCAUGCACCUCCACCUGCACAUUGGAUCAGACCACAUCACGCCGUCCACUCGUUCUUGUGCCGGUGGUGCAGCAACAGCAGCAAGACACAGCGUCCACUCAAGGAUAUGAAUCAAUCAAACCACAUUCCCCGUUACUUCCACCGCCGUUAUCGCUUCCCCCCCUGCGCCCGUCACGGCCUCUGACCCCGACCCGGCUAGAACCGCCAGCGAGUCCAUCCCCCAGUCGUCUGACCACAACUACUCGUUCUUCAGCAACUUUCCCAUGGGGGUUCGAGCCAUACGCAUCGGAGGAUGUACCUGUUGCGGAUACUCUAUCGGAGGACCAGGUGUUGAUUCUCCCCUCCCCACCUAACAUUCCUCAAUUCUACGCACGGGGAUUUUAG